AUGGGAGAGCCCAUGGGGAAGCUCACCUUUCCAUUUCUUAACCUCAUUUCCUUUUGCUUUUUCCUUCUGUCCACUCAAUGCUCCUUACUCAUUUCUUUCAUCCCUCCUUCAACAUUGUAUAAACUCUGGUUACCCAAACAUAUCAAGCUUCAAAGCAUAUUAUAUUACCAUGUGUUUAAAUAUUACUUAUUUUUAUUCUCCAUCAGUGCUGCUCAGAGUCAGUCAACACUGGAGGACAGACUGGAGGCCCUGCAGUGUCACUUCACCUGGGACAUCGACCCCAGCAGGUCCAAACUUUUACGUCUCAGGGACAAGCUGGAGGACAUCGGCACCGAGGAGGGAAACAGCUGGCUAGGUCACAUUUACAACCUGCAGGGGUACAUUCACUACCAGCUGGGCUUCACUGAAGACGCCCGGCGUUUCUUCAGCAAGGCUGCAGAGGCCUUCCGCCGGUCGAGAAACACCGUCUCAGAUGAAGGUCCCUGGUUGGUGGUGAACUACGGGAACCUGGCUUGGCUGCACCACCACCUGGGAGAGGAAGCAGAGAGUCAGACUUACCUGUCAAAGGUCGAAGCCCUGCUGACAGAAUACCCACCUCCAUCCCAGGUUGAACUCCAUCCAGAGAUCUACGCUGAAAAAGCCUGGACCCUGAUGAAGUUCGGCAAAGAUAAAAACCUGCUGGCCAAGGCGUAUUUCCAGAGAGCCAUCAGGAUACAGUCGGACAUGGUGGAGUGGAACACCAGCUAUGUCAUAGCAUUAGUGGAUGAUGUUAAGUAUGACGACACACCAGUGGGGGACGACAUCCUGGAGAAAAUGAGAGUGGCCAAGGAACAGGAUCCAGAGAACUUGUACCUUGCGGCUCUUUACCUCAUUCAACGUGCUAAGAAAGGAGAAAAAAUUGAAGAUGAAGCACGUGAGUUAGCCAGAAAGGUUUUGAGAAAUCCUGUCAGCAGCUAUAGUGGCAUAAAACCAUUAUUAAGAGUUUACAGAAACGAUGUAUCUGUUGAUGAAGCUAUUGCUCUAGCAGAGGAGGCUCUGGAACAACAUCCAGAUAAACGUUUCCUGAUGAGAUGUGCUGCACUCUGCUACAAAUGGAGGAUCUCUCCCCUGGAGCAAAGUGAGAUAGACAGAGCAGUCAGUCUCCAUAAAAAAGUGAUUUCUCUUUACCCUCAGUCUUCACUUGUGAAGAAAUUAGAUCUUGCAUACAUAUAUGCAAAGUCACAUCGCAGUCAGGCUGAAGCUGAGAAGAUUUACCAGAAACUGCUAAAAAGGGAUCUGGAACAUGUAGAGACACAGUUGAUUUACAACUACUACGCAAAAUACUUAUAUUAUGAUCUAAAAAACCGAAACAAGUCGAUAGAAUAUCACAUGAAGGCGGCAGAGAUACCGCACCAAUCCUACUAUCGAGAGAACAGCAUCAAAGUUCUGAAGAUGAUUGUAAAAAAUAACAAGAGCCCAAUGUGUGGAGAAAUAAGAAAGUUACUGGCCAAGCUGAAAGUCUAG